AUGCGGAAGCUGAGGGGCGGCGGGGAGAAGGUGGGCGUGCUGGCGCUCGAGGUGGCGGCGCUCAUGUCGCGCGCCGCGCGGCUGUGGCGCGCGCUGGACGCCGACCACCUCGCGCGGCUCCGCGGGGAAGGCAUCCGCCUCGAGGGCGUGCGGCGGCUCGUGGCCGACGACGACGCCGCGCUCCUGGCGCUCGCGCUCGCCGAGAUGGCCGCGGCCUGCCGCGACCUCGCCCGCGACGUGUCCCGCCUCUCCGCGCGCUGCGCCGACCCGCUGCUCCGCCGCUUCGACGCCCUCUUCGCCGCGCUCGUCAAGCGCGGCGGCGCAGACGGAGACCCGCACGGGCUGCGGUACGCCGCGGCCAAGAAGAUGGACCGGAAGGCGCGCAAGAUGCAGCGCCUGGUGGCUGUCACCGCGCACCUGUGCCAGGAGCUCGACGUGCUCGCCGAGCUCGAGCAGCAGCAGCAGCGGCAGGCCCACCACCGGCCGCGCGCCCGCAGCUCCAAGGGCGCUGCGGCGGCGACGGCGGGGAGCAGCAGCCAGGCCGAGUGCGCGCGCCGCGUGGCCAGGCAGAGGCAGGAGGUGGAGCGGCUCCGCGCGGCGUCGCUCUGGGCGCGGACCUUCGACUACGCCGUGCGCCUGCUCGCCAGGUCGCUCUUCACCAUCGUGGCCAGGAUCAUCGAGGUGUUCGACCUGGAGCCCGUGGCCCUGCUCCUCUUCGCCUCUUCCUCCGUGGACGACGACUCCAGGGCCUCGCGCCUGUCGUGGGGCACCUCGUUCGUCCAGUCCAUGGUGUACCCUUCCGACGCCGCCGACGCUCCUCGGAAGAUGCUGCUGCGUGCAAGGUCCGGCAAGGUUACCGCCACCGGCGCUGCCGACGCGCGUCGGUUCGUCAUGUCCAGGAGCAAGAGCCUCAGGCAGCAGCUUAGCCUCAGGUGGCCGGCAGCCGGCAAGCACCUGAUCGGCUGCGUCGUCAUGGAUCCCAGCAGGUCUCCUGGCAGGGACGGGUGGAUCCACGCCGACGACGCGGCUCAUCUCCCGCUGAGCUUCAGCUACGUGUCAUCAGCCGGCAGCGCCGCCGACGACUUCAGCGGCGGCAGCGGCAUCAUCAGCUUCCACUCCCAAGCGGCGGCGGCAGGCGGCGGCGACGCGAGGAGGAAGCCAUGGACGACAACGACGACGUCCGUGUUCCACUCCUCCUCGCGCGACGUGGUGACGCACCCGCCGGAGUCGUCCCUGGGCGCCGCGGCCCUGGCGCUGCACUACGCGAACCUCAUCAUGUUCAUCGAGAAGCUCGCCGCGUCGCCGCUCCACAUCUGCCCCGACGAGAGGGACGCGCUGUACGGCAUGCUCACCGACAGGGUCCGGGCGUCCCUCAGGGAGCGGCUCAGGCCGGCGCAUGCCGCGCCCUGCGACGACCCCGUGCUCGCCGCCGAGUGGUCGGACACGGUGCGGAGGAUCCUGGCGUGGCUCGCGCCGCUCGCGCACAACAUGGUCCGGUGGCAGGCCGAGAGGAACUUCGAACAGCGGAGCGUCGCGUCCGGCGGCGAUGGCGCCACCGUGCUGCUGCUGCAGACGCUCCACUUCGCGGACCAGAGGAAGACGGAGGCCGCCGUGACGGAGCUGCUCGUUGGCCUCAACUACAUGUGGAGACAUGGGACUGACCUCGAAGCCGAGGUCAGCUUAGAGUCUGCGGCGGGUCGGCGGUGA